AUGCUUUAUAUGAUUGGUUUGGGCCUGGGAGAUGCUAAGGACAUCACAGUCAAGGGCCUGGAAGUUGUCAGACGCUGCAGUCGAGUGUAUCUGGAAGCCUAUACGUCAGUCCUGACUGUAGGGAAAGAAGUUCUGGAAGAGUUUUAUGAGAGAAAAUUGAUUCUCGCUGAUAGAGAAGAAGUGGAACAGGAGGCAGAUAAUAUUUUAAAGGAUGCUGAUAUCAGUGAUGUUGCAUUCCUUGUAGUUGGUGAUCCAUUUGGGGCUACGACACACAGUGCUCUUAUUCUGAGAGCAACAAAACUGGGGAUUCCUUACAGAGUUAUACACAAUGCGUCCAUAAUGAAUGCUGUAGGCUGCUGCGGUUUGCAGUUGUAUAAGUUUGGAGAGACAGUGUCUAUCGUUUUCUGGACAGACACUUGGAGACCAGAAAGCUUCUUUGACAGAGUGAAGAAGAACAGACAAAAUGGCACGCACACUUUGUGCCUACUAGAUAUCAAAGUAAAGGAACAGUCUGUGGAAAAUCUAAUCAGGGGAAGAAAGAUCUAUGAACCUCCUCGGUAUAUGAGUGUCAACCAAGCAGCCCAGCAACUUCUGGAGGUUGUUCAGAAUCAGCGAAUACGAGGAGAAGAACCAGCAGUCACCGAGGAGACACUCUGUGUUGGCUUAGCCAGGGUUGGAGCUGAGGACCAGAAAAUUGCAGCAGGCACUUUGCGGCAGAUGUCUACUGUGGACUUGGGAGGACCAUUGCAUUCCUUGAUUAUCACAGGAGGCAGCUUGCAUCCACUGGAGAUGGAGAUGCUAAGUCUGUUUACCAUACCAGAAAAUAGCUCAGAAUCCCAAAGCACUGGUGGACUCUGA